AUGUCUUUAGAGAUCAAUGAUAUCAGCUGCAUCCCUCAGUCCAAGGGUUCUGAUCAACCAGAUCCAAUCUACAGCGGAACCACGCUAAAACGUCUUCCUGGACGUUUCAUCGACUCUCCAGGCAAACCCGAUGCUCAUGGAUAUCUUCUCAAAUCGAACACCCCGAAACAACAAGAAGGAGGUCCAUCAGCUGAUUCCGCAGGAUUAGGAUCGAUCUCGUCCAACGACGGCCCCUUGGACUGGAAAUGGACAGCUAAAGAUGUCGCACAUUUCGACGCAUACGAGCGCGAAGGAGCCAACCGAACUCGUUAUUUCAAUUCCAUCAAAUUUGACCUCACCAAAUUUGAAUAA